AAGCGGAGGAAAGAGGCAGAGAGGCAGCGAGAGCGCCAAAGCCGAGAGGAGCGGCAACACCGGCGGCGGCGGCGGCGGCGGCGGCGGCGGCAGAAGGGGCUCCCGCUCCUCUUUCUGCGCUCCCCUCGCCGAUCCGCCCCAGGGAAAUCUGAGCUGCCAGCAGUUGAAUGAAUGAAAAAGACGCCGCCCAAUAAAGAGAGCACCUCGAGCAGACUGGACUCCGCAGCGCUUCGCUCAAGUCUCAGCAACUCGUCCCUCCGCUGAAUUCCGACGCUGUCCGCCUUUAAUCCCCCCGAAAACGCCUCUCGCUCGGCUGAAGCCAUGCCCUGCGUCCAGGCUCAGUACGGGUCCUCGCCGCAAGGAGCCAGCCCGGCCACGCAGAGCUACGCGUACCACCACUCGGCGGCUGCCGGGGAGUACAGCUCGGACUUCUUAACGCCCGAGUUUGUGAAGUUUAGCAUGGACCUGACCAACACUGAAAUCACUGCCACCACUUCUCUCCCCAGCUUCAGUACCUUUAUGGACAACUACGGGGCCGCCGCCGCCGCCGCCGCCGCGGGCUACGACGUCAAACCGCCCUGCCUCUACCAAAUGCCCGCGCAGCCGCCGCCGCCGCCGCCGGCGCCGCCCUCCAUCAAGGUCGAGGAGCUGCCCCUGCACGGCCACGGCCACGGCUACCCGCCGCCGCCGCCGCCGCCGCCGCCGCCGCCGCAGCAGCAGCCCCCGGCCGCCGGGCCGCCGCCGCCCGACGAGCUGGCCGUCUACUACAAGGCGUGCUCGCCGCCGCCCGCCGGCUUCGCGCCGGGCCAGAGCGUGUGGGACGAGGCGGGCCCGCUGCACGGCUUCCACCACCACCACCACCCGCACCACCCGCAGGCCUACGGCGGCGCGGCGGGCGCGGCGGGCGGCGGCGGCGGCGGCGCGCUGCACAAGGCGGCCCCGGCGGCCGUGCCGCGCCUCUCGCUCUUCUCCUUCAAGCAGUCGCCGCCCGGCACGCCCGUGGGCAGCUGCCAGAUGCGCUUCGACGGCGCGCUGCACGCGCUGCCGCUCAACGGCGGCGAGCCCGCGGCGCACGGCGCGCACCACCACCACCAUCACCACCACCACCACCACCACGACGGGCAGCCCUUCGCCCUGCCCAGCCCCAUCCGCAAGCAGGCCGCCGCCGCCGCCGCCGCCGCCGCCGCCGGGGGCUUCCCGGGGCUGCAGAUCGGGCACGCCUCGCAGCUGCUGGACGCGCAGGUGCCCUCGCCGCCGUCGCGCGGCUCGCCCUCCAACGAGGGCCUCUGCGCCGUCUGCGGGGACAACGCCGCCUGCCAGCACUACGGCGUGCGCACCUGCGAGGGCUGCAAAGGCUUCUUCAAGCGCACGGUCCAGAAAAAUGCCAAAUAUGUUUGCCUAGCGAAUAAAAACUGCCCUGUGGACAAGCGCCGCCGGAAUCGGUGUCAGUACUGUCGCUUUCAGAAGUGCCUUGCAGUCGGCAUGGUCAAAGAAGUGGUCCGCACAGACAGUUUAAAAGGCCGGAGGGGUCGCUUGCCAUCGAAGCCGAAGAGCCCCCAGGAGCCUUCUCCCCCCUCACCUCCGGUGAGUCUGAUCAGUGCCCUGGUGAGAGCCCAUGUCGACUCCAACCCGGCUAUGACCAGCCUGGACUAUUCCAGGUUCCAAGCGAACCCGGACUAUCAGAUGAGCGGUGAGGACACACAGCAUAUCCAGCAGUUCUACGAUCUCUUGACCGGCUCCAUGGAGAUCAUCCGGGGUUGGGCAGAAAAGAUCCCUGGCUUCACCGAUCUCCCCAAACCAGACCAGGAUCUGCUUUUUGAAUCUGCCUUCCUGGAGCUCUUUGUCCUGCGGCUAGCCUACAGGUCCAACCCAGUGGAAGGCAAGCUGAUCUUCUGCAACGGAGUGGUCCUGCACCGGCUGCAGUGCGUGCGCGGGUUUGGAGAGUGGAUUGACUCUAUCGUGGAGUUCUCUUCCAACCUGCAGAACAUGAAUAUAGACAUCUCUGCCUUCUCCUGCAUUGCUGCUCUGGCCAUGGUAACAGAGAGGCAUGGCCUGAAGGAGCCCAAGCGGGUUGAAGAGCUCCAAAACAAGAUCGUCAAUUGCCUCAAGGACCACGUGACGUUCAACAACGGCGGCUUGAACAGGCCCAAUUACUUGUCCAAACUCCUGGGCAAACUCCCAGAACUGCGCACCCUCUGUACGCAGGGCCUGCAGCGCAUUUUCUACCUGAAACUGGAAGACUUGGUGCCCCCACCAGCAAUAAUUGACAAACUUUUCCUGGACACUUUACCUUUUUAAAAGGAAAGGAAAGGGGGGAAAAAAGCAAGAACAAGCCGAGAGAGAGAAAGAGAGAGAGAGACUCUGCUGCUGCGCCUUCCAAGAGAUGAACUUUGACAGCCUCACGGGAGGCCAAAAAAGAACGAGAGAGAGCAAAUCCAGGGGCCCUGAAAGAGCGAGAGAGCGAGCGAGCGAGAGCGCAAGACAGAGAGCACACCUGGCCAGUAAGGAGCACCUUUGGGUGCUGGGCGCCCAUCCCUCCAAACUGUGGCUAGCCUCUCCUGGAGAACAGUGACUAGGCACCCGCUGGGGCUCUUUGAGCAUCUUGGACCUCGUUCCUUGGACUGCACACAGAUCCCAUGGUACAAGUUUUUUAUUAUCACCUACACAAACAAAGAGUACCCUUCACUCCCCCCCUUGUCCCCGAGCAAAGCAAGAACCCAGAGUUUAUUACUAUGACUAUGGUGGUGGUGGUGGUGGUGAUGAUGAUGAUGAUGAUGAUGAUGAUGAUGAACAAGGACUUUUGAAUUAGAAAGCUGAGCCUGGUUCGGUCUUAGCUGCUGCUGAAGGCAAGAGUGUUAAGAGGACCCCACACGCACAGGCCUCCCCCUUGAUUAAGAUGUUGGAGCGUUUUUCUGCUGUAAAAGGAAAACUGUAAUAUAUAGACUACAAAGUUGAGGUGGGGGGAGGGGGAGGGGGGAGAGGGGGCAGCAUGAAUCGA